AGCGCAUAGUUUUAGUGUUCAUUUGCUUCUAAUUCAUAUGAGAACUCUUAUUGCAUUUUGUUGGUGAAUUAUAGAGCAGACAUUAAAACGAUAUAACUGAUCAUUUCUAAUCUUUCCCGUUUUGAUGGCUGGUAGAAGAUCCAGCUCCAUUGGCUGCAAAUCCCUCAUCACGCGAAGGACUUCAGUCUUCGUUAGCUCCGUUAACACCUAUGAUCCCAUCAAGGUAAAUUUGUUGGUGCUGGAUAUCAACGCCCAAAUUGCGCUCUUCAGGGACCUUUUAAUCUCGAUAGGGCAAUCGAAGGAUUGUCCGGAACACAGGGAAAGAAUUAGAAAACUGAGGAGAAACUGCGUCGAAGCAUGCAAGACCACAAGUCAACUCAUUUUGCCACACAUACAAAGUGCAAUGGAUGAAGGUAUACCAGCUGAUAACCAGAAUCUGGUUAUGCUUUAUUUUAUGGCUCAGCUAUUUCAUAGAGAACUGCGAAAAUCACAUAAACUGGUUCAGGUUGUUCCCAUGGACAUGUCUGGCUACUAUGAUAAUAGAGCUGGACCUUCCAACUUGGGAAACGUUAUUAGUCAAAUCCUGCUAUGCAAGCAGAUAACUCCAGAUUUCAACCAUGAGGAGUUGUGCAGUAUCAUUAAAGACUCCGAGGAAAUAGCAAAUAUUCUUAAAGAAAUUGGAGAGUACAUGCCAAAGCAAGAAAACAAUUUAGAAAAACCAUCAGCAUUGAACGAAGAUGUGUCAAACCAGUGGACCAAGAAACAAAGAAAUUUUAUAUACAAGCACAUGGACCUAUUCUGUUGCGCAGCCCCGCCUAACUACCUCUGACAUAAGCAAACAAAACCAAAUGAAGAAAAGAGAUUACUAAGGAAAAAAAGUAUUUAGUAUUCAGUUAGAAUAGAAAAAUAUCGUCCAAACAAAAUUUAUUACCAAAGCGAAAGCCUUGUUAAGUAAAGUCAAUAAAAUUUUAAUAUGGGUCCAUUUUUCUAGUUUAGAGAGAAACAAAGUUUAAAGUUAAUAUGAUAUCGCCAUAGCGCCCACAAGUUCGAGUUAAAUUAGCUCAUUGUUGCUGGAGGCUUUUAGUUUUCGUAUUUUGCGUGUACUUUAAUUUUUGAGAGUUUAUUAUAACUUUAGAGUAUUCACCCUAACUAUUCCUGAUCCUAUGCAUGAAAACACCAAACCAACUGUUGUAAGCAGAAAAAUUUACAUAUUGCAGGUAGCAAUAUUUAAAGAACGAAACAUUUCCAGCCAUAAAGUUCUUCCAAUCAAAAAAAAAAUCAAACUUAAUUACUUUUAGAAUGACUGAUAUGUCAUUCAACGGAUUAUUAUAUAACGAUUUAACUGCCAGACUAGAUAAUUUACCGAUUCGUUGAAUUUUCAAAUUUUAAGCUCGCUGAGGUUGUCGGGAAUUAGUGAGUUCAUUUUAAUAACAAUAUUUCUUCACUUUAACUUCAGCCUCAUAAAUCGUACUGUGGUUCACUGAUUAACUCUGAAAAUUUCUUGGCAACGUUCAGUGUAGUUGUUAAAUGAUGAACAUUAGCUAAAAAUAAAAAUUAGGCGAGUUUGUAGUUUCAUAUUUGCUGAAACGUUUUUCUUUAAACAUGCACGGUUAGUGACAGCAAAUGUUCUUAUGGCAACAUAAAAAGGUCGAUUAUUCACAAGAAAAUGUGCAAUUCUAAAUUCGCUCAAUUCAUUUAAAGUAUCUGCUAAUUAUUAUAGACCAUGUUAUAGAUUGUAGUUAGAAUCUUGUUACCUAGAUUAGCGUAUAACCAAGAUGGCAAGAUGUAUUAUAUCACUGCGGUUCUAAUACACUACAAGUGGAGUUAAAAUUUCAGCAAGUCCGUCAAAUAUUCCUUUUAAAGUAGCUGGAUUUCAACAAUUUUUGCAAAUUAGGAACACAGGGUAUUACUUUCAAAGAGAGCCAAGCAGUUUUUACAUGUGAUGCCUUGCAUUAUCUUGGUUGUGCAAUUAUAUAGAUAUAUAUAGUGUUCCAUAUACCUAUAGGUUUCAUAGUACUAGCCUAAAAAAAAACAGUUUUUGGUAAUAUUAGGUAAAAAUUCUUGAUAUAUUUAUUUUUCACUUUUAUCAGUAAGCAGACUUUUGGGAAAACGUGGGAAAGACUAGAGAUUGGUGAAAAAUCUCAUCAAGCUCUCUGUCUCCAUUGUUGUGUGCUUGGAAACACCAUUUCGUUAGAUCAAACUUUUUUUAGAACAUAGCAUAUUAUGCGCUUAAUAAAGUUAGUUAACCAUAUUUAAAAUAUUGUAAUUAUAUCCUUAAAAUCACUAUCAGAAAAUUAAACAAAUUAAAAUAGUCAAAUAGCACCCUUACGACACGUUUGCCUUUCAGCAUUGUUCCAUACUGAAAAAUAACUAUUGUUCACCUUAAAGAAACGAUAGACAAUUUUGCAACCCACAUGAGCUUGUGGGUAGGUGAUUAUCAUAAUACUCUUUGUCAAAUAUGUUUGCAGUGGUCGAUUGUAAAAUUGUCUGUCAGUUCCCAUAACGAGUUUUAAGUGUUAUUUAAGCCAGAAAAUACAUUUAAGGCCACGGGUUUACCUCUUAUUGAUAGGAUGAGCUUUGAGUACCGUUGUCUCUAAGAACCGAUGAACCGAGCCUAAACCGCUGGGAAAUUUUUUUUAUGUUUCGUCAAAACGUAAAACAUAUUAUGAUUUCUGUCGGUGCUUUGACCAAUCAUCAAAGGAGUUUGCCGCAGAUGAGGCUCGGUUCAGGCUCGGCUCGUUCGGACUGGACGUGGCAUAACACUGCAAAUUCAUUAAGCAAAAUAUUUCACCAUUAAUUCCAAUAUACUCCAAAUUGAAAGCAAUAAAGUAGUACAUUUAUAUUUUAGGAAAGUAGUUCAAAUGAUUAUUCACAUAUAUUCAUCUGUUUAAGGCAGAUAUACAUUUACUAAUGUAAUGAAUUCGGGCGCUAAUAAAUUUAAGGUUUUCCUCAAAUAAUUAUGGUAACAUGUAAAAUAGCGAGCAGGGUAAUGUAGACUGUAGAGUUAAUUGUAACUGGCAUAAUAAGGAUCCCGUUAUAAAGUACACAUUGAUUAACUGUUUAAAUAUAAACUAAUCGUUUGAUUCGGUUGUUUUGCAUUUGAAGCCGCAAAGGAUGUUCACUGUACUAUCAUGAAAAAAUACUGAAGUAAUUUGGGACCACUAGAACGGCAUCCUUAUUAGGAAAAUGCGAAAUUUGAUAAAAUGUGAAAACACAGAAGAUCUCAAUAUAUGUGGUAAUAAACUGGCGAAGCUCACUAAA